AUGGGAAGCAGCUGCAGCAGCCGGCGAGCAGCUGGCACCGGGCCCGGGGCUGCCUGCGGAGGGGUCCCGCUGCACCGCCUCACUUCCAGCCCCUUCCAGACGCGAGUGUACGGGCGGGACCGCGUCCGCUUCCUGGAGAGCCUGGUGGUGGGGGACAUCGCCGAGCUGCUCCCGGGACAGGGCACCCUGACACUGCUCACCAACGAGUGCGGUGGCAUCGUGGAUGACCUCAUCGUCACCAACACGGUGGAGGACCACCUCUACGUGGUGUCCAACGCAGGCUGCGCUGACAAGGACCGGGCUGUCAUGGAGGGCAGAGCGGCAGAACUGAGGGCAGCCGGCAGUGAUGUACACCUGGAGGUGUCGGACAACGCAUUGCUGGCGCUGCAAGGGCCCUCCAUGGCACAGGUGCUGCAGGCUGGGCUGCCAGAUGACCUGACCAAGCUGACCUUCAUGACCAGCACAGCCACCACUGUCUUUGGCGUGCCGGGCUGCCGUGUGACACGCUGUGGCUACACCGGCGAGGACGGUGUGGAGAUCUCAGUGCCCGCAGGGCGAGCCGUGGAGCUGGCAGAGCGGCUGCUGGGCUGCCCUGAGGUGUGGCCGGCAGGGCUGGCAGCCCGGGACAGCCUGCGCCUGGAGGCUGGGCUCUGCCUCUACGGCAACGACAUCGAUGAGAGCACCACGCCAGUGGAGGCUGGGCUGCUGUGGACCCUGGGGAAGCGCCGGCGCACAGCCAUGGAUUUUCCCGGUGCAGCCAUCAUCAUGGAGCAGGUGAAGGAGAAGCCAAAGCGGAGGCGUGUGGGGCUGACAUCGGUGGGUCCCCCGCUCCGGCCGCCUGCCGCCAUCCUGGGCCCCGAGGGCACGCCUGUGGGCAUGGUGACCAGCGGCUGCCCCUCGCCCUCCCUGGGCAAGAACAUCGCCAUGGGCUACGUGCAGGCUGCGCACAGCCGCCCCGGCACCACGCUCACCGUUGAGGUGAGGAAGAAGCAGCACCCAGCACUGGUCACCAAGAUGCCCUUCGUGCCCACACAUUAUUACAUGGCCAAGUGAGACCCGGCCCCAUUAAAGCCCCUCGACCAUC